GUGAUGCAGCUGUCCCAAUGUGUUCUUCCUUAAGUCCUGUCUAGAUACAAUGGCCUCUGGUGAUGCUUUGGAGAAGAAGAUGGUGGACAAGCAGUCUUCGGAACAUCGUAUUCCAGACAUGCCAAACUACAUGGUUCAUAAGGAGUUUAAAAGAGAAGAACUUGCCACCUAUGAUCCUAAAAGGGGGCUUUUUGAUCAUGAUAUGAAAAGUGUUUGGAAAAGAGAUGAUGAUGAUGAAGAAGAAAAUAAAGAGAAAAAGGAAAAAGAAACACAGGUUGAGGACUUUCCAGGUUGCAGAAAAGAAGAGCUUCCUGCUGUAUCGCCGAGAUACCCACACAGAAAGCCACCAUCUUUUGAAGAGGAAGACCCCCAUGGAGGAAACAGGCGUUACUUCCCUCCAAUGGCUGUUCCCCCCAAAAAUGAACAUGUAAACUUCACUAAACUAAUGAGCAGUGGUUAUGGGGGUGAGUGGCGUCGGGAGCAUGAUGAGUGGGAGGAAAAUAAUCCACAGCUUAAAGGUUCAGAGACAUCUCAGCCAAAAGCAACACAGACAGACAGGUCUGACCUAAAUACAAUGGCUUCUGAUGAUGUUUUGCAGAAGAAGAUGGUGGACAAGCAGUCAGAACAUCGUAUUCCAGACAUGCCAAACUACAUGGUUCAUAAGGAGUUUAAGGCAGAAGAUCAUGCCACUUAUGACCCUAAAAGGGGUCCUUUUGAUUACGAUAUGAAAAGUGUUUGGAAAAGAGAUGGUGAUGAUGAAGACGAUAAAGAGAAAAAGGAAAAAGAAACUCAAGUUGAGGGCUCUCCAGAUCGCAGAAAAGUAGAGCUUCCUGCUGUAUCGCCGAGAUACCCACACAGAAAGCCACCAUCUUUUGAAGAGGAAGACCCCCAUGGAGGAAACAGGCGUUACUUCCCUCCAAUGGCUGUACCCCCCAAAACUGAACAUGUAAACUUCACUAAACUGAUGAGCAGUGGGUAUGGGGGUGAGUGGCAUAAGAAGCACGAUGCAUGGGAGGAAAAGAAUCUACAGCUUGAUGAUUCGGAGACAUCCCAGCCAGAAUCAACGCAACCAGACAAUGAGUAAAAGCAAAUACUUUAUAGAAUUGCCACAAUUUCUGUUGCUAUAUCAAAACAACACUGAGUGGAGAAAACUAUAAUACAGUUUAGGAAGCAGGUUGCAGUAAGUUAUACAUUGAUGGGUUAGAUGAUAUAAGUCUCACCUAAACCAUGGGCCACGUUCAUCCCUGAUUUUUAAAAAUAUUUGUUUCAGUAAAUUAGCAACUGACAUAAAUUUGGUCCAGCAAUCUUUUGCUGGAUGCUUGCUUCUGCUGUUAAAAUCUCUCCGUCUGUUGUAUUGUAAGAUGUUGUCUGCUUCUAAUGCCAGUUAUCAACAAAUUCUGCUAAGGUGUGCUUUAUAGCCUGGUCUAAAGCAACACCAUCUGCUUGAGAGCUGAUGAACAGUAGCAUCCUUGUAGUCACAGGAUCCGGUUAAUAUAUGCUGUGUUGUGGUGCUGCAUCAUUGGAGUGAAAGUGUAUUGUUCCAUUAAAAUGAGACUAAUUUGAUUAACACACACCUUGCAAUGCUAGGCUUUCUUUUUAAAUGUUUUCAUGUGUUGAAUGACGUAAGUAAAAUGGGACAGUUUCUUGUGAUGUUGGUCCAUACUAAAAGAAUAUAUAUUAAUUUUGAAUUGCAGUGUAUAUCAGAACAGAUCAUUUUCAAUACCAUUCUUAUGUUGUUCUGGUAUAUACCUCAUAUCAUAUACACUUACAUAAAUACUUUGAUUCUGUUUGAACAAACCAUUAGCAAGUAGAAAUAAUUGUUUAAUUAUUUCCUUAGGUCUGUAUGUAGCAAAAGGAACUCUCAUCUAAUCCUGCCAAAACUGUUUUGUUCUGAAAAAUUUAAGGAAGAUUUUACUUGGGAAAUAGUUGUUUAGAAAACCAAUUUAGAGCAGAUCAAGCACAUUUUUAAAUUUUGUUAGGCAAAUUGUAAACUAUUUUAAAAGUAGAACUACAUUAAAACAUUUCCAAAAUCUGCAUUAGUUUUUAAGUGCAGCUCCUUUGUUUAGUGAAUACAUUUGAGACGUUUUGUAUUGUUUCACUUGCCUCAGCUGAUUUCUUGGCCAAUUGUGGACAUUGAAUAUCCUAACAUCAACGAAUCAGAAUUGGUUUCCUGUUACAUUCCAGUUAUUUGGUGAAUGCUCUUUCUUCAGAAGUUCAAAAAGAACAGGAGAUUUGUGUCUGGUUUGGAGUUGUCAUAACCUUCAAUAUCAUAUAUACAAAUAUGGGGGCUGCUAAUUUUGGCUGGUCUUGGUAGCUGGCUAUUAUAUAUGGUUGCCACUGACUUCGCCUCUCCUCAAAAUGUCUGGAAUGUGUGUAGGAUUCAUGAGAGGGAAUUGAGUCAGUCUUGCCUCAUGGUAGGCUUUGGAGAAACUCAGAAGCAAUAAGAAUUCCUCAUGUAUAGUGCUUGAACUACAGUGGGGAGAAUAAAGGAAUAAAGAGAACUUCGGCUAUUGGACGGUAUAGAAAUGCGAUAAAUAAAUAAAUAAAGGACACUGGGAUCCCUUACCUUUUGUAGAGGCCCUUUAAGCUACUGCUUUUUUAUAAGGGUACAGGGGGACAUGAGUUUAAGAUUGGAGUGAGUCAGGGUUUGGGGCUUUUGAAAUUUAUAAAGGCCCCCCUAACUUUCCCCCAUAAUUCAAGCACUGUUCUUGCAGCUUCUGAGCACCUUGAAAACCUGUCAUGACGUGAGAAGCUGACCUAGUCCCUCUACUGAGUUACCUGCACAUGUCCAAGAACUGAGAGUGAAAGACCUCUUCUCCCUUGGAGUUCUCUGUGGAGAUAUCAUGGGGAAGGUCUCUUACUUUGUACUGAGAAAGCAGGCACAGACCACAUGGCCACUGCAUUUGUGGAUCCUUGUACGAAAAUGCUUAAGCAGGGAAGAGAAUGUUGGGAUACUUCCCAUGAUGUAGGCAUUUGAAGCUAGGAAUACUUCGUCAAAAUCUGAAAAUAGGCACGUUGUAUUUACUUGCCUUGAAAUACAAUGCUUUCAAAUUGUCAAUAUAUUUUUACUUUGACUAGAUAUAAUAGCUUACCUUCUUUACCUGAUGAGUUUUAUACCUUGUAAGAGGUUAUCACUGCAGUGCAGUGACCAAAUGAGAGAAUGCAUACAGAUGUCCAAACUACCCCAGGGUGAUUUUCCUUACCUCAGGGUAACUGAGCUAGCUGUAUUAUCCUACCAAGUGGUAAGGAGAAGUUUACCAUACAGCUGGUGCAGCCCUGGGUAAAGUGGCCACCUGGAUGGGCUCAUACAGAGGGUAGAAUAUUGGCUUUUAGGAGUUCCAUUGGCCCUUGACAAACUUGAGUCAGGCUUGGAUUGGUAUAGGGGGUAUUUUCAUUAGCAGUCAGGACCCCUGCUUUGUAUAUUAAAAAACCUACUAUAUGCAACAAAGUUAGAAAUGGGAGGAGAACGGGAAAUGGUGGUGGAGUAAAGAAUGGCAAGUCGGGUGGGUGGGUUUCCUGUUACCCCUUGUAUACUGAUCUACGGUAUGGAAUACACUAUACAGCCAAGUACAAUUCUGAAGUGAGUGGCAGUGAAACUAAUGGAAGCAAUAUUUUAUUUUUCAAGUGUCAAUUUAAAAUGUUCCAUAAUACACUACCUUUAAUAGUGAUGACAACUGUAAACACUAGUGCUGAUAGUGAUGAGAAUUGCAUACACUACCAUUGAUAGUGAUGAUAACAUCGGCCACAUUCGGAUGUAACAGUAAAUUAUGGUUUAGCAUUACAAGAAUGAGCUUAGGCUCAUAUGUUUCUCCCAUCCUCUCUCCUCUGGCAUGGCUUUAAGAUCAGAAGCUUCCACUGGUUUAGUUUGACUGAAAGCUAAAAAGUGUUGACACCUAACUAGUUCAAACAAGCCAAUUUCAUAAAGUAUGGCUUGACAUUGACUUGCUUCAGCAAAUCAUAGUUAAGACUGACCACAGUUUGUCUGGGUUUGGACAUCACAACAAGUUGUGAUUAGUGUAAAAUGGAAAUAAAGGCUUCUGAGUGCUUCCUCACAGUCUUACCAGAGGGGUGGGGAGAACACACAAGCCUGAAGUUCACUGAGAUUUGUCAGAAUGAGGACAUUCUUCUUCCCAAUGACUUCAUUAUGUUUUGUUUUUGUUUUGUUUUUUGGUAGUUUCUGGAAAUACUCAAAUUACAACAUUUUAAAAAAAUGAGUGUAAAGCUGCUUCUGUGAUUCAUACAAAGUUUAGGGGCAAUGCUAACUUUUAGUUAUUUUUAAUAGAAGUUUCUUGGGAUUAGUUUUCUUUCUAUUUGGCUCUGUGAGAAUCAUUUGAUAAAAGCUCAAGCUCUACUAACUGCCAUCUUAAGGAAGCUAUCAUUGCUUGAUAUUUCCCCCCUGAAUAUUUGUUAAUCUGAAGUGAUGUUCACUAAUAAUGACGAGACCUUUGAAACUUUUGGGACAAAUAUUAGCUGGAAAGUGUGCUGGGGGGAAAAAAUUACAGUAGUUAUUGGGAAGUGGAAGGUGCCAUAAGAACUUGCCAACUUUUGUGCUUGCCAAACAGCUUUUUAAAGAAGAAAAAGAGGCUUGUAAAGGGAAAUCCUUAAUUUCCUGCCUGCAUUUGAAGGAAUGUAAUUCUUGUGAACUACAGUACUGUAAAUAUAAUGAGAUUCAUGAAAGGCAGUAAGAACUGACUAAGUCUUAGUUGUAAACAAGACCGAAUACAACAGCACCAUAAAUUGUUCUUUUCCUAGUAACAUGGUUGUUGCUAUUGUUUUAAUUGUUUCUGCUGCAUCUGAUAAUUGACUAUGCAUCGUAUAUGUUUUUUUUAAUUUAAAAUUGAGUAUAAUAAAAGAUUAAACUGGAAA